CAGGAGCCAGACCCAGGGAAGGCUGAUAUCCCUCCUAAGCCUGGCUGGAGUUGAGACCCGUCCCCAUGGUAACGAAUCUGCCCUGAGGAAGAAGCCCGGCCCUGCCCAGCCUGUGGAAUUGUCCUGAGUCAUCGCUUUGGGCUGAGGCCACGGGAAGAAACCAUUGUGCGGCAAGGCAGGAGGCAGCUGGGAGCUGAGGCCUACACCAGGGAGACCUGAGAAAGUGGGGCCAUGGGGAGGUGCACGGUGGCCGCAUCUGAGGUCCCUGGCUGGCUAGAGCCCUGCUGCUAGGCUUCCCCGAAGGGCUGGGCACCACGACCCUUCUGCCGGCGGACUUUCAUGGCAUGAGGGCUCUGAUGCAUUGUGCCAGCCAGCAGGCCCACGGCUGUAGGUCGGAAGCCUCUGUGGAGUCAUGAAGGGGGUAGUGCUUGGGGAGGGACAGACCUGGCCGCCUGACAAACAAGGCGGGCCCCACUCAGGAAAGCCCAUAGGCUGGCUCACACUAAGUUUCACUUCCCGCCACUAACUGCCGGCAGCAAGAACCAGCCAGACCCCGAAUCACUGCUGCUGCCUGCUGCUCGGCUCCUGGCAGGUACCCAGCAUGGGCUCACAGGCCCCAGCCCCAGGACCCGUGCAGACCCUCAUUUUCUUGGACCUGGAGGCCACUGGCCUGCCUUCCUCCCAGCCCAAGGUCACGGAGCUGUGCCUGCUGGCUGUCCACAGAUGUGCCCUGGAGAGCUCACCCCCUACUCAGGGGCCUCCCACAGUGCCCCCACCACCCCGGGUGCUGGACAAGCUCUCUCUGUGUGUGGCUCCAGGGAAGGCUUGCAGCCCAGAAGCUAGCAAGAUCACAGGCCUAAGCACAGCCAUACUGGCAGCACAUGGACGACUGUGCUUUGACGCCGACCUGGCCGGCCUGCUCCGAGCCUUCCUGCAGCGCCAGCCACAGCCCUGGUGCCUCGUGGCACACAACGGCGACCGCUAUGACUUCCCCUUGCUCCAGGCGGAGCUGGCUGUACUAGGCCUUGCUAGUGUUCUGGAUGGUGCCCUCUGUGUGGAUAGCAUUGCUGCCCUGAAGGCCCUGGAGCGUGCUGCCAGCCCCUCAGAGCAUGGUCCGCGGAAGAGCUACAGUCUGGGCAGUGUCUACACACGCCUGUAUGGCCAGGCCCCCCCGGACUCCCACAUGGCCGAGAGUGACGUCCUUGCCCUGCUCAGCAUCUGUCAGUGGAGGCCGCGGGCCCUGCUCCAGUGGGUGGAUGCACACGCCAGGCCGUUCAGCACCGUCAAGCCCAUGUAUGUGGUCACAGCCUCUGCUGGAACCAACCCAAGGCCAUCUGCCUCCACGGCCACUAAAGCCCUGGCCAGAGCCACGGACACUAGUGCCAACCUGGGCAAGGGCAGGAAGCCCAAGGCCGUUCCUCCAGUGGAGGGCCCUGGAGCCUCACCCAAGGAGGGACUGCUGGCCCCACUGGGCCUGCUGGCCUUCCUCACCUUGGCACUAGCCAUGCUGUAUGGGCUCUCCUUGGCGACACCUGGGCAGUAGGCCAAGAGGAAAGUCUGACCAAUAAAGACCCCCUCCUCUCCAGCA